GCGCAUCACAGGCACAGGGGUCUCCUUCCUACCCUCACACCCGCCUCCGCCAUCCCGGACCUGUGCCUGUGCUCCCACACUCUCUCGGCGCCGCACACCCCUGCUCCACCUCCGCUCUCACGCCCCCUGACUGCCGCCGCACAGCAUGGCCGAUGCGCUCGCCGCGCAGAUGGCCGCCCUCGACGCCGAGCUCGCGGCGCUCGGCGACGGCGCCGCCGCCUACCACGGCCACUCCAGCGCCGACCUCGCCGCUGCGUUCGCCGAGUACGCGCGCCUGCACCCCGACGGCGCCAUGCCCGCGGUGCACUCGGCGCCGGCCGUGAUGGCGGCAGAGGGCGCCGUGGAGUACAUCACCGAGUCGACGGCCUUUGACUGGGCCGCGCAGCUGGCGGCACUCCGCUGGGCCACCGUCAUCUACGGCAUCGUGUGGAUGGUGCUGGGCCUGCUGCUGCUCUUCGCUGGCUACGCCUCGCUCUUCUGGCUCUCGCGCCGCGGCGCACGCAAGGCGACGAUGGCGCCCGCAGCCUCGUCGCUGCCCGGCAUCCGUGCCAAGGGCAAGCGCCGGGCGCUGCUCGGCGGCGGCAUCGGCGGCGUAGCGGUCGGGUUCCUGGCCUUCUCCACGCUCGCGGCCAUCAUCAACGCGGCCGUGUGCGUGCCGCAGCCGGAGCGUGCCAUGUCGCCGGGCGCCUUCUUCGCCGUCUGGCUCAUCUCCGGCCUCGUCGGCCUCGCCCUCUGCGGCCACUUUGCCUCGCUGGCACGCAUCUUCUCCGGCCUGCUGGCCGCCACGUGUCUCACCAUCAUCCUCACGGCCACCUUUGGCAUCCACACGCUGCUCAUCCGCAGCGUGCUCAUUGCCGUCUCGGCCGCACUGCUCACGGCGCCGCUGCUGCUGCAGCGCAACAAGAUGCUGGUGCGCAUCAUGCUCAACGGCACGACGGCCCUCAUCGGCAUCGUGACGUUCCUCAACGGCGUGGCCCUCUUUGCGCCGCCCGAGGCCGCCUCGCACGCCUGGCUCAACCUGCUGCCGCUCCUCUUUGCGCCCGACAGCGAGCGCGCCUUUCCCUCGUGGGGCGCGCCGGCGUUCAAGGGCCUCAUCGCUGGCGCCAUUCUCGGCGUGGUGCUGGGCUUUGCCGUGCAGCUGCUGCUCUCGCGCCACGCCGGCGAGGAUGCCGAGGCGAGCUGGAACGAGUACCUCGGCGCGUACACGGAGCGCUACGAGAAGUCGGGCAUGCUGCCGGGCCAGUACGAGGGCUCGCUGGCGCGUGCGGGCCUCUUCGAGCCCCAACCCAGCAUGUGGCAACGCAUCGGCUCCUUCUUCGAGCAGGGCAGCGGCCCGGCAAGCUACGGCCACGUCGCAGGCGGCCAGUCGGCUGCGCUCACGGCGCUGCCGGCAAAGAGCAAGCGCUCUGGCUCAUCGCGCUCGCGCGGCCCGGCCAAGUUCUCGGCGCUGGGCCGCGAUGGCGCACUGGCGACGACGCACGAGGAAGACGACGACACCGACGUAGACAGCGACGCAGAGGACGACAAGAAGGCACUCUUUGCGCAUCCCAGCAAGGCGGGUCUCUCGGAGCUGGCAAAGAGCACCUACGCGCUGCCGUCGCCGCCGCCGUUUGAGGAGUCGACGCCGAGCUACCACAGCACCGGCUCGGGCCUCUCGGGCACAACCAAGGCGAGCGGCAGCAAUGUCAGCGUCGGUCACGACGGCGCGCCGCACAAGGCCUUUGACUCGUACACCGACGGCGCUGCCGUGCCGCGCUCGACGGCCAGCCCGCCGCCGGCGGCAGCGGGCAACCCGGCAGCCGUGCCCGCCACGCCCAGCCUCAUCAACGCCAUCAGCCGUAUCCAGGCCGCACAAGCACAGGCGCGCGCAUGGCACGCCGCACAGCAGGCGCAGGGUGCAGACGCUGCGCCCUACGGCGUCACGCCCGCCUCGCCGCCGCCGACUGGCAGCGCUGCCGCGAGUGCGCCCGGCAGUCCGGCGUUCCAGGAGUGGUGGAGCAAAGAGGUCAAGGGCCGGCGAUGAGCCUCGAGCCCCUGCCUAGCUUCCCUGCUCGCACGUCCGAGCGCGCCCGUCGCUCGCCCUGUACAUAUUAGCCUCCAACACCACCGCCGCCAGCCUCUUGGCGUGCGCACGACCCCUUUCACGUCUCUGUGACGACCCUGCACGAAAUAAUCCAUUCACGUCGCGCCUCUCGGUGCGGGGAUGAGCGUGCCG